AUGAGAUACUAUGUGGCCCAGGAGGUGGCCUCGUGGAUCCACCCGGUGACCCGCCGACGCCAUUAUGGAGUCCCACUGCAGGCAUUCCAGGUGGCCGUCCACCCACGUAAGCACCGACAAGCACGAAGGCGGGAAACAGGUCGCACCGACUUGGGCACACACACCCACUUCUACACAUGUGGUAAGGAGACUGCCAGGCAACCCCAAAGCCCCAGCGACAUACCCGAGCACAGCACCUCAUACCAGCAAGCCACCAUGUGGCAACCAGGGGCUGGAGUGGAACAUCAUGCCGCGGCACGGGAGACAACUAAGCUACACCAAGCCGGGGAUGGACCCGCAACUGAAGAAUCCAAGCUGGUCGAUAAGACUGUCUCCACAACAAGUAUGCGGGGUCAGCUGACUUUGGACUAG